AUGCAUGAAGGCGGAGUGAAUUUCUCAGUUGGUCAACGACAGCUGGUCUGUUUGGCUAGAGCGCUAUUGCGUAAUUCACGAAUUCUUGUCAUUGACGAAGCUACUGCGAACGUCGAUCCACGUACUGAUGCGCUCAUUCAACGUACAAUACGUGAAAGCUUUUCACAUGCGACUGUGUUGACGAUUGCACACCGUUUGAACACCAUUAUGGAUUCUAGCCGAGUUCUUGUGAGUUUGAUAAUUUGA